ACUAAUUAUUUUGCGCCUAUAAAUUCCAAGUUCCAAAUCGAGAAAGUUCCCCUAUAGUAUCAGAAUCUCCAAUUCCACUCAAUUUUCAAAAACCCUUCUCUCUCUCUCUUCAGUCACUAUGAAACAGCACGCAACAGUUGCUUCCACAGCUGACACGUGUAAAACCAUCGAAAUCGCCGUCGUCGAGCGGCAGCAUCACCGUUCUCAGCCGCUACUUCCGCCGCAAGCUAUUAAGCUUUCACCGGUACCAACCGCCGACGAUAAUCCCUAUGAUUUUGAAGUUAAUUACAGUUGCGCCGAUGACAACGAGGAAGACUUUUUCAUUCCUCCUCUUAACUUCGCUAUGGUUGAUAAUGGCAUUUUCCGGUCUGGUUUCCCUGAUGUAGAUAACUUCUCGUUUCUUCAAACGCUUGGACUUCGUUCUAUUAUAUACCUGUGUCCAGAGCCAUAUCCAGAAGCAAACAUGGAGUUUCUCAAGGAAAAUGAUAUUCGCUUGUUUCAGUUUGGAAUUAAAAAUAGCAAAGAACCUUUUGUAAAUAUUCCAGAAGAGAAAAUUCGUGAAGCAUUGGGGAUUCUAAUUGAUGUUAGAAAUCACCCGGUGUUGAUCCACUGCAAACGUGGGAAGCACCGAACUGGUUGCCUUGUUGGAUGCUUGAGAAAAUUGCAGAAGUGGUGCCUAACUUCUGUGUUUGACGAGUACCAGCGUUUUGCUGCUGCCAAAGCAAGAGUAUCAGAUCAGAGGUUUAUGGAGCUUUUUGAUGCAUCCAGCUUCAAACAACAGUCACUGCCAUUUUCGUGUUCAAAGAGGUAACAAUCAAUCAGUACACGUAAACAGGGAUUCUGCUUCUUUUCUUUGCUGUGUUUGGCGUUAAAUAAAUUGGAAGAGUUGGUGACUUUUUGAAGAAGUAAGGAAAUGGUCAUUCUUUUUCCAUCACAAGAUCAAUUGAAGAAGAUUUAUGAGUUAUCUCCUUCUUGGAGAGCUCGUAGCUUCCUCGAAUUUUCUGUUAUGUGUUUAGUAUAGAUACUUGCUUAGAUUUCAUUUUUAGAUUCCAUCACCUGGUAAAAAAACAUUUUGUCAAAUGUUGAGAAGAGUGUUAUUUGUCAAAACUACCAGGAGUAGAACUGGUUCGCUCCAUCUGGGUUCGUCCUGCCAACUAUGAUUAAACCAAGGCAGCUACUAGAAAGCAAGUUGUACCGGUGAUGCGACCUGGUUUCUGGUUCUCUGACAAAUAUCUUUGUGUAACUUAUUAGUAUGUUGUAGCCUAUCAUCUGUACUAGAAGCUUUAAUUAUAGUUGUAACUAGGAAGGUCUAGCAACAAGUGCUCAAUGAUUCUGUUGGGUUAGAAGAAACGAGUCUCUUGUAGUUUUUGCAUAUUUCAACACAAUGACUUAAAUCCCAUGGCUUAUUUAAAUUUUACUAGCAA